CCACCACCACCACCUGGCGGCGGCGAGGCCAAGCUCCCACCAACACAAACAAGAUGGAGAGGAGUGAUUUCUCCGCCUAUAACUCCUGAAUUUGUUGUGUGCGUGGCAUAUAUCUGUGUGAGCCGUGAGUGUGCUGGUGUGUGUGUUGUGUGUGGCGACGUGUGGGGGAAGGAAGUGGCCAAGAGGUGCGGAAGUGACGGCGAUGAGAGGAGAGGAAGUUUUGUCAUGGACAUGUAAACUUGAUCUAAACAUAGUGAAUUAAUGUAUUGUGGCUCCUCUAGCUCAGGGUGGCAGGAGCCGGGAGCCACAGGAGUGCUGGGAAGGGGACAGCACACGGCAGCAAGGUGAAAAACAUAGAGUCCCUUGGUGCCACUCUCCACUCACCACUCAGCACCUGACUGGCACUGGUAGAGGGAGUGCUGUGUGUGCUGUGUGCUGUAUCUGUGCCUCCUGCUGUGGUCAACUCAACACCACCACCACCACAGCCCACACCCCUGCAGCUCUAAGGGUGCCAUGCUUGCCCCAGGCACCCACACCUCUGCCCUGACCUAGUUUGAGAGUGGUGGCACCCUGCACGAUGCCAAAGCUUGGAGGGGCAGCGAAGUGAAAGAACGAGCAAGUGAACAGAUGUGUGCUCGGCGGGAACUUGUAUUAAUGACAGUAAUGACUUGUGGACACGCCUCAGAAGUCCCCCGUGGUGGUGAAGGUCAGAGGAGGAAGGGAAGUGUGCAUAGGUGGGACAUGUGCUAGUGUAAGAAAUGACUUGUAGAUACAGAACACUAAAAUAUAUGCUUGGCAGGACCUUGUGACGAGAGGAAGGACAUGUAAUUACCUCAAUUCAGUGCCUUGUCAAGUGCCUAGGAAUGGAACCGUCUGUCACCACCACAUCCUGCUAGUGCCUCUGCUGGCGUGAGUGGGUCUGCACAUCACCAGUCCCUUCUCCUCCCUCCUGCACACACUGCUGCCACUGCGCCCAAACCUCCACUAUGGACGAAAGGCUCAAGGAACUCCUGCACGUCCACCGCACCAAAUUUGCUCAGAUUGAUGCCGAACGAAUUAUUCCAUUCUUAAGAGACACCGGCCUUGUGUCAGUGGAGGACAUUGAUGUCAUCCGUCGACAGCCGUCCCCGGUGCAGAGAAUACACACCCUCCUGGACAUCCUGCCGGCCAAGGGCUUCCAGGCAUUUCAGACGUUGUGCCUGGCCCUGGAGACCACCUACCCACACCUCCUCACCAUCAUGCUCAUCGGGGCGUCGCAGCGCAUGCCAUUCUACAUCUCCAGACAGACACUCACAUCACCCCUGAAGAAGUUUGACAAGCGCUGGUCAGCAUCCGAACUCAGACGUCAGUAAUCAACCAAUAGAAGUAAAUAGAAGCAAAGAUUGGUAUGGAGUGAAUGCAGACUUGACUUCUGAUGCCUGAUUGACUGCUUGUUCCUGACGCCUCCUGUGAAUAAGGAGGUCACGCUCUAUUUAUUCACACAACAUUAGGUCACCAAGGGGUUUACAGCGGCGGGCAUCAAAAGAGUAAAACGGUGACACAAGGAUUGACAUGAGUCUGUGAUAACCCAAGGGAGGCGAGGGAAGGAGUGUUGGUUUAGGUGAUUCCCACGAGACAGACACACUGGAGGUUAGGUGAGGUGUGAGCCAUCACCUAAUGCAAGUGUCACAUUUCUAUUAUACGAUACAGUUACCUUAUGAAAACUGUACUUAUGAGAAAUUCCCUGAGAAAAGAAUGAAAUAGAUUUGAAAGAAGGAAGGAGUUGGCAAUACCACCACACAAGAGAUGGCCCCAUGCAGCACCUCCAUGUCUAGUGAGGUGCUGUCCUGGCCUCCACCCUGCAGCCUCCACAUACACACAAGCCCCUCCACCUCUGAUCACAUGCCAACAUUCCACCCUUUUAUGUCUUUAAUGUCAGAAUCACAAAUUCAGUGCUGUUUUAAUUUGCUUGAGUUUGUCAUGUGAUUAAUGGAUGGCUGUGGUGAGUGGUGUGUGGCUUCCUCCUCUGCUGUGUUAGGUGUGCCUGAUUGUGUUGUGUGGGCCAUGGUGGCCCUCUGCUUGGUGGAGGGCUGGCAGAGAGUGAUGCAUGGCUCCCUCCUCGCUUUCAUUGUCCAUUUGCAACAGUGCCUGAAAUAUCUGAAGCAUAAAAUAUUGUUAGUUUCAACUGUAAGAGAAAUUUGCUGAAAAA